UGGUUUGUGGUAUUUUGUGAGUUGAACGCUGCCGGUUAAAAACGAAUGUAAAUCGAAAGAUUUUCAUAAGAAAUAUAACCAAAAAUGGCGCAAAAUGCACCUAGUUGCAAGGACACACAGGAUGUCCAGUUCAAAUUGCAUGACAAAUUUGUCACUUUCCUAAAAUGUGGAGAGCCUCGCAGCAAUGUGAAACUUUUGGCGGUCUCAAGCACUCGCGGAUUGCUCUUUGCAGGAAAUCCCACAGCACCAGAAUUAAAGGUUAUUCUUCUGAAGGAUUUGGUUGAUAGCAAGACAAAUGGCAAACAACCUCUGGCCAGAUCUGUGCCAUUGCCCAGUGUACCCAACUACAUGUCCUGCAGCAGCGAUGGCAAUCUACUGGCCAUCAAUUUCACCCAAAAUGGCACAAGUUUGUUGAACAUCUACUCGGUGCCUUCAAUGAUGACCACUCACGUGCAGAGUGUCUACAAUAUACGCCUGGCACCGGAGGAUUAUGUCUAUGCGGCGCAACUGUUGUGGAAUCCAGUCAUGGCAAAUAGUCUGGCUGUGGUGCUAAGCAAUGGUGGCCUGGGCAUGUACUCCUUGAAGGACGGAGGAAACUUUGAGCUCCAUUCCCUGGACAAGAGUCAGCAGGUGAAAUGUGGCUGUUGGUCACCGAAGGGCAAGCAAAUUGUCUUGGGUUUUCCAAACGGCAAACUGCAGCAAUUCAAACCAGACUUGACGCCGGCAAAAACUUUGUUGUGUCCCCCAAAUGUGCAUGAGGGACCGUUCGAUACGCUGGCCAUUCAAUGGUUAUCCACCUAUCAAUUCGCUGUGAUCUUUCUGCAGCAUGGCGAGGACUGUAAUCCCUCGCUGUAUAUAAUGAAUGCCCCCAAAGCGGGCACCCCAAGUUAUGUGAACUACUAUGACAUUUGCUACAGUCUCAACGGACCGAGGAAUCACCAGUUUCAUUUCACACAUAUUGCACAAUGGAAUCUCCUUCUGGUCACCUCAGCCAACGGCGUGGAGGUUGGUGUCUUGGCCACCUACGAGGCGGGUGAUACACCAGCUUGGCAGCAACUGACUCUGUUGGACGAGGCACGCAUUGAGUUGCCAUUGAGUGAGAUCAAUCAGGAGGAGACAUUCCCGCUGGGCUUUGCCUACGACACAUCUGCCACCCAUCAAUUGGUGAUAAAUGAGCAAAAGUUACCCAUUAUGCCAAUGGUUCAUGUUUUAGGCACAGAUGGCCAUUUGUUAAGUUUCAAUUUUCUGAAUCUGGUGACAGGAGCAGCUUCAGUUUGUUCACCUCCACCGCCUGUAACUGAUAAUUCGGGGCAAUUCCUUCCAUUGGAUAAAUCACUACCAGCCCACGAGGAGCAAGAGCAGAUACAAACGAAUCCGCAAUCCGCUCCAGAGCCGCCAGCUUCAACUGCUGCUUCGGAUAUUUCCUUUGCAUUCACCCCCAACACAGUGACCUCGACUCCUGCUCCGGCCAAGGAUAAGCCGACUUCCUUGUUCGCUGGCUUUGGAGCUAAUCUCAGCAAGGCUCCGUCUGCCUCUCAGUUGACUUUUGGUGGCCCAGCUGCUCCCCUAAGUUUUGCUGCAGCGGCACCUGCACCCGCAGCCGCUCCACCAGCCGCAGCAAGAUUUGGUGGAGCUCCUGGUGGUGGGGCAAUGUUUGGUGGCUUGAAUUUGGUGAAACCGGCUCCAGUUCAAGUUCCAACUCCAGCACCGGCUCCAGCUCCUCCUGCAGCAGCUCCAGUUCUUGCUCCCGCACCAGUUUCUGCUCCAUUGCCUGUUGCGGCACCUCCGGCAAGCGUAAUUAACACCAAACCUCUCUACGAGAUUCCUCCCACUUUCGCACCGACAGCGGGAAAAGCAUCAUCGCCUACAGAGGUCUUGCCAUUGGAUGAUACGGAACCGAUUAUAAGAGAAAUGAUUGCCAUGGAAAUUGAUAUCUUUAACCAGGAUCUACAAAACCAAAAGGCCAAGACGCGGGAAUUGAUGAAAAAGAUUGAAGCUCCUUCUGCUUUAAAGGACUAUGCCAAACGUCUGGAUGACUUGCAAGAGAUCAAUGAUCAGGCCUUGGAUGUCGACUUUGAAUUGGAUGUGCAGGCCUUGCGUCAGGGUUUAAAUGAAGCCUACGCCAUAGUGGCGGAAUGUCGCAGCAAAUUGGAGACCUAUCAUCAACCAGACAUAACCCGCUUGAUGACCUCCAACGCCUUUGAUCCCAGUAAUCGUCGAACCAUUGCGCGCCUCCAAAGUUAUGUGUCGGCCAAUGAGGCGCAGUUGCUGGUGCUUCAGGAACUGGUGGACACUCAAUGGGAGCAGUUCCAAGAUGUGGUCCGACGCAAUUCCAAAUCCCAAAUGCACAUACCCUGCCUGGAGGGCAUCUAUCAGCGAUUGACACGUCUCCAGAAUCAAACCUCCGAUCAGAGAAUCAAGCAGAACAUUAUAAAGGCCAAGCUAAAGGAUCGCGGAUUGCUUCAGGCAGCUCUUCUGGAUCAGGAGAAUAGUCGCAAUCGCACCAAUGAGGCGGUUGACAACUUGACUUCUUCCAUACUUUCGUUGAAUCUUAGUCAGGUGGUGGAUCUAAAUCGUUCCAAAUUGAGUCAAACCAAAUUGGAGAAAAUCCGCUCUUCCAUACUGAAUCAAAAGGUAUCAGUCAUCAGUCCACAGCGUCCGGAUCGCAUUGGUUUGCAAUCGGAAGUGAUCUUGGAGACCAAACGCAAGGCCGAUCUCAAGAAGAAGGCGGCUCAAGCUGCAGCAGCAGCAGCCGCUGCGGCUGCCAAAGUGCCCAGCAAGUCGAACAAGGGUGUCCAGGUGGUUCAGGCGGUGACCACACCAACAAUUGCACCACAAUUGCAGAAACCCACUGCAUCCAAGCCUCCGCCGGUGGUGUCGAUGGAUAAGAAGACCGCUGUGAGUUCCUCCACGCCGGCUUCAUCCGCUUCGUCGGCAUUUGCCUUUAGCCAGAGCAGUCCAUUUGUAAAGACUUCCGCAGUGACCACCACCACGGCAACAUUGACUACCGGAAGUUCGCUCUUUGGUAGCAAUUUCAGUUUUAAUCAACCGGCUGCAGUUGCUCCAGUAGGAAGCGCAAAGCCUGUGCCUGCAUUUGGCAAUGUAACUGGCUUUGCCGGCUUUGGAGCAGGCGCCACCAUUAAGGAACCAGUGAAACCCACACCAUUUGCCGGCUUUGGGGCAAGUGUUGUGUCCAAGCCACCCGACACAGUUAAGCCCAAAGAGGAGGCACCUAUCGAAAAGCCACCAUCAACACCCAAAGUGGAUAAACCUUUUAGCUUUGCUCCAGAUAGUUCUUCAGGAGCAACUCAAACGCCAGCCAAUCCACCAGCUGUUAGCUUGUCUACUUCCUCGGCGUCUGCUUUCAGUUUUGGAGGAUUGGGCAUAGCUCUAAGUGGAGGAGGAGGAGGAGCAGCAACUGCUGCUGUAAAGCCAAGUACUGGAGGUUUAUCAUUUGGCCAGAAGCCCACCACCAAGGAGACUGCAGCACCUAACCUUGCCCCUAUCCCGACAACGUCUACUGCCACUCCCACUCCCACUCCAGUUACCAGUAGCAGCUCUUCUGAUCCUGAUGCUGGCCUCUUUGGCUCCAUUAGUAUUUGUAAGCCACAAGUCAAGGAAUCCGUUGGAGAAGGAGAUGUCAAGCCAGCGAAUCCCUUUAGUGGCUUUGGAAACAUUUCGAGCGUGCCAAGUUUUUCAUUUGGUGCAACUAAGGAAGAUGCCAAUAAAGUGGUGACCACAAGUGCAUCCACACCAGCAGCCACAACAGCACCAACUGUGACCACUACAGCUUCCGCGACUGCAGUUCCAUCUGCAGGAAUAUUUGGUCAGGUUUCAUCCACUCUCGGCUUUGGGAUGCCAAAAAGCACAGCGGCUCCAACUUCCACUCCAAUUGUGGCUUCCACUACGACUGCUACAACCGCGCCCACUCCGACUCCCACUCCUUCUGUGACCACAGCAGUUGCGACUCCAGCUGUGACCUCUACAUCGACCUUCUCCUUCUCGAAUGCGUUUAGUAGUCUUGGCACUUCAUCUAAUCCAACCACAACGUCAGCUCCCGUCUCUGUCUUUGGUGGCGGAGGACUCUUUGGAUCGACAGCUGCAGCAGCAACAACAACAACGGCGCCCACCAGCAUCUUCCAGCAGGCAGCAGCCGCAACCUCUAGCUCUACCCCGACUACAGCCAGCACUGUGACCACAAAUAUUUUUGGCAAUGUACCCAAACCGGAGGCAAGCGUCUUUGGAGGCACCUCCGCUCCGGCAGCAGCUCCUGCUGCAGCUGCACCGCCAAGUGGCCUGUUUGCCGCGGCGGCAGCUGCGACACCUUCGCCUUUUGGUAGCACUUCGCCUGGAGGCAAUGCGUCAUCGGGUGGAAAUAUCUUUGCACAGGCCGCUAAGCCAACAGGAUUUGGACAAACACCCGUUUCGCCAGCUGCUCCAGCAACUGGAUCUAUUUUUGGUGGUGGCACCAGCACCGGCAGUUCACCCUUUGGUAACACUUCUAUAUUUGGAGGAGGAAAUCAGUCUGCAGCCGGUAAUACCGCUGCAGGUGGACCAACUGGAGGUUCAAUUUUCGGUCAAUCGGUCUUUGGUCAAGCCGCUCCAGCAGCUGCCCCGGCGGUGGCCAGUGGAAACAUCUUUGCCAGUCCGGUAAGCUCGUCACAGCAAACCUCUGCUUUCGGUGGCGGAGGAGGAUCGAUCUUUGGCACUGCCUCCAAUACUGCUGCCUCUCCAACUUCGGGUGGUUCCAUUUUCGGAGGCGGCACUAGCUCGGGAGGAUUUGGAUCCUUCUCACAGACCACACCAGCGCCUGGUGGGUUUGGCAGCGGAUUUGCUCAGACGGCCGGCGCAUCGGUGGCCCAGACUGGCUUUGGAUCACCGCAGCAGCAACAGACACCACCACAGACAACUCCGGGCGGAUUUGGAGCCAAACCCGUGUUUGGAGGGGCUCCGGCUUUUGGAACCAGUCCCACUUUCGGAGGAGCAGCCACCUUUGGCAGUCCCAAGGGAUUUGGUGGCUUUGGUGUUAACCCUACAGUGGCUUCACCUCCUGCAUUCGGAGCACCAGCCAAGCCAGCGGAAGGCAACAUUUUUGAGACUCUCGGUGGCCAGGAAUCAGGUCUAUCUUUUGGUAAUCUGGCCCAAACGGGCAAUCCCAAUGCCAUGAAACCAGCCUUUGGCGGAUCGAGUUUUAUGAACUAUCGCUAAAUGUGAAAUGCGAAACGAUUUUAUGUCCAAUUCGAUUUGUUUUUGUAAUGUGAGGUUAAAACGUUAACUACUACAAUUAAAUUCAUUAAAUAAUAAAUAGUUAUAUACGA